AACUUUACCACAGAGGAGUAUCAGGAAGCUUGUUUGCAACUUGCUAAUGAUGCAGUAGAUGACCAACAAGCCACAAAUAUUCUAGCAACCCUAUGUGUUCUAAACAACAACAAGGAAAAACUUAGCUGGCAAACAUGCAAGAAACAAGAGGCCCAAAGAGCUUGA